UGGUAACGAACACAACAUAUAACACCUCGCUACAGAUGACUGGAGGUUAAAUCGGCAAGUUUAAUGGCGAAUAACUCUGUAUUAUAAGAGUUUAAAAAGGUAAUUUAUAGUUGUCAAGUUGCCCAAUGAUUUUGAGAUGACACACGUAUACGAAUCCAAGGACAUUCGCGGAACAUGGUUUCCUUCAGGUUUCCAUGGACAUUUUCGAAGUAAAUCUCGUUCAGAGUUUACAAUUCCUUACCGUCACAGGGCGAAACCAUGUCCGCCACAAAAAUUUCUCAAUUAUGCAACGGAGCGAUCCAACAGACAUCUCUUUUCAAGACAUGAUAACAGACAUUCUCACAGUGAUAUGGGUGACCUUGAAACAUAUUUUGGAAUGGGAAUGGGCAAACGCAAAUAUGUGCAACCCGGUCAAACACAACAUACAAAGAGUACUCGUGACCUGAUAACAUGGAGAGGCAACGAAUCAUCGGACCCUGUAUCAACUUACCGUGCGCAUUACCCAUCUUCACGACCAUCCUCGUGCGUUUUUGGUUUUAACGAAACAGAGCCGAUCCACGUGAGGUCAAAUCUCGAACUUCGACGAAGACAACUUCGGGCGUCUUCGGCUCCGCCGUCGCAGCGCCGAACAGCUCCGUUACUUGCUUGGAAUGAACCCGACGAAGCGCAUCACGGCAAACCUGGGGUUGGUGUCAGACAACCGAUACGGGAGAGCGGAGGAGGUUUUGCGUCAUCAACUCCGUUUGCGCAAACAGCACCAGCCGCUGUACGCUCACAGACUCCUAGCCAAAGUUUCACUAUAUCGGAGACUAUUGUUCCGCUUAGUACCACGUGACUGCUGGCUGCGCAAACACUGCGCAGUCGUAUGUUGCAAGCAAUGAUAGCAAAUAAUCGGGAAUUCAUGAAGAAAAUGUUAUUUGCAGGAUAGCGUACAUGUAGUAUUUGUCGGGAAUCUGUGCUUAUGGUCUUAAAGUGAAGGACAGGGCAAACUCUGAUAAAUGAGCCAAAUGGUAAGUGAGCCAGUCCAUCGGAAUUCGAAUCUGAAGAAUGCAGCUGACGAAAAUGGCGCGAAAAAUGACCGGUGGAAGACACUGACCUGAAAAAGUAAUUGCAGGCGUUUCAUCUCGGAAAAUAGAAAAAAUACCAGAACCGUAGAAUGUUUCGAGAAGUAUUUUAAAAGAAAACAAAGUGCAAUAUAAAUAGAGCACGCUAAUUUGGGGUGGACCUUUUUCAAUCCAUCGACCUCACUGUACAGCGCAUGUAAUAAAAUAAAAGUGCACAUUUACGAA